CUGCAACGGACAACUGUGCUAUGGUUUUGAGCCCGAUCUUCCGCCCUAGCGUUGUGAGAAGCAGGCCACGGGCGCUUCCAGUUCCACGACAAUGAGAUGACCCGAGAAACAGGGCAGGAGACACUCGGCAGGGGUCAGGUCUACUUCGUUGGACGCGGCAAGAAACGCUGGAAGCCCACACCGCCUAGCUACUCAGCGUCUGUAGUACGAUGCAUAUCGUCCAACGGGACGGAACACGGAGCUGAAAGGUCGUUUUAUGUGGCUGCUAAUCUGCUUGGCAUGACGCUAUUGGCAAAACAACUGUUGGCUCAAGUUUGGCUGUUGGAUGCUGGAAGCGCCGCAAGCGGCGCAGGAAAUGGACAGUUGCCCCACCGCGUUCUGACCGAAUGUCAACUGUUUAGAAGAACCAACAUCAUAUUGCAGCAAAUCAUGGGUCACGAGUCUAUCAUGGGAGUGAGUAGCGACAGCCUAUGUCGAUAUGCCAACAUGCGGCGCAUUGAGUAUACUUUGCCUGACUGCGGGAUGACUGCCUCUCCAUGUUGGAGCGGCUCUGCAUCCCUGCGAAGUAGCAAUUGCGGGCAGGUGAGGGGUUACAAGCAAAUACUUGUAUCGUACCAAUAAGAUGCUCAGAAUUGACUACAUACCCCUGCGAUUGGAGAGGACUGCCCAGCUAAUAG